AGCGGAGCUCCACGCUGGGCCCCUGUCUGCCGGGAGAUGUUGAGUCCGCGGGACAUGGCGCUGCCGCUCCGAGUCCUUUUGUUCCUCGGAGGCUGCUGCCACGGAGCGGCCCCCAGUCACUCGAAUGGAAUUGAGUCGUUUGGGAACAUCACUGAGAACAUCACUGUUUCUGAGUCUCACCAACGAGAUGUGGAUGAAUGUAGGUUUGAAGGGCAGUGCCAGCAAGAGAUGGGGAAUCAGUGCAUCAACACCGUGGGAAGCUACAGCUGCAUCUGCCGAGCUGGUUACAGGCUGCAUGAAGGAGCCUGUGUGGAUGUUAAUGAAUGUGAGCAAGUUGUUCAGGCUUGUGGAGGACAGGCUGUGUGUGAAAAUACUCCGGGAAGUUACCACUGCAGCUGUCAGCCUGGAUUCCGUGGCAAUGGGAGCUACUGUGAAGAUGACAAUGAGUGUGCCUCAGGACAGCAUGGCUGUGACACUAAUGCCCGAUGUGGGAACAUCAUCGGCUCCUAUUUCUGCCAGUGCUACCAGGGAUUCAACGGAGACGGUUUCUCCUGCUUUGACAUCGAUGAGUGCUCCGUCAGUAAUGGGCAGUGCCAGCAGGUGUGUGUCAAUGACGCAGGCAGCUUCAAGUGCCAAUGUAACAAGGGUUACUCGCUGACUGACGACAGCAUGACUUGCACAGAUUUCGAUGAGUGUCUUGAUGAGAAUGCAGGUUGUAGUCAAAUCUGUACAAAUACCAAUGGGUCCUAUAUCUGCUCCUGUUCCCAUGGAUACCAGCUACAUGUUGAUAUGAAGCAGUGUGUUGAUAUUGAUGAGUGUAAGAUCGAUAAUGGCCACUGCUCCCACUCCUGCACCAACACAAAUGGAGGUCAUGUCUGUGUGUGCCCUGUUGGACUCGCGCUGGGCAAGGACAAAAGAACCUGUGUCAACAUCACCUCUUGUAAGAUGCAGAAUGGUGGUUGCGAACAUGUCUGCUCAGAGCGAGUGGGUGGACAGGUGGAGUGUUCCUGCCAACUUGGCUGGAAACUGCUGGCUGACAGGAAGAGUUGUACAGAUGUCGAUGAAUGUGGGGAUUUUGCGAAGGGCGGCUGUGAGCAGUUGUGCAACAACUCUGCUGGAAGUUACCGCUGCAGCUGUUUCCGAGGUUACCGCCCACGGAGUGACGACAGCACCAAGUGUGAACCUGUGUGUACCCCGGCCUGUCAGAACAAUGGGCUCUGUCUCGCUCCUGAUACCUGUCACUGUCCUGCUGGAUACCCUGGGCCAGGCUGCUCUGCAAUGUGUUCCCCACCAUGUUCUCAUGGUGGGACGUGUAUGAGGUCCAACACGUGUCUGUGUCCCCAGGGCUGGGCCGGAGCUGGCUGCCAGACAGCUGUGUGUGACUUACCCUGUGCUAACGGAGGGAGGUGUAUUGCGCCCAAUAGCUGCCAGUGUCCUUCUGACUACACGGGGAAACAGUGUCUCACAGCCACGUGCACUCCACGCUGCCUGAGCCAAGGGAAAUGCAUCGAUGUCAAUAAGUGCUUCUGCCCCAGAGGCUGGCAGGGAGCUCGCUGCCAGAUUGAGCCAGUUGUGUGUGUCCCAAAAUGUAAAAAUGGCGGCAUGUGUGUUGGAUACAAUAAAUGCCGAUGUCGCAGCCAGUUUACGGGAAAGAACUGUGAAACAGCUGUGAUCACUCCGUGUGUUCCCCUGUGCCAACAUGGAGGCACCUGUCGGCAGUUUAAUAAAUGUGAAUGUCCCGAGGGCACUGCAGGAAGUCGGUGUCAGAAACUCACGUGUCCCCUGGUGACGAUGACCGUGAGCACAGUCAGAGCCACUCGCCAGGCCAUUCGCCAGAGCUACAUGGACAGGUGUGGGCCGCUGGGGGCCCGACUUUGCACCAAGUACAGGAUGAAUCAACUCCGUGUCUAUGUACAUGCUUACAUGGUGGCUUACAAGAUACUGUGCCCGAAACGGGGGAGCGGGCAGUGACGGCACUGAUGCUGCAUGUGUUGGUUUGUGGCACGAUCACCAGGAAGAGAUCCACCACAAGUUUACAGUUAGUUACACAGUCCACAUGUAUCUCUGUGAUGAAGGGUUCUCCCACUGAAGCUAGUUAAAGAUGAUGAAAUGUUGGCUGAUUUAGCCCAUCCAGGUUUGCUGCUAAUAUUGCUGUUCACAAAUCGGAAAAUGACCCGGGUACAUCGCUGUCCACAAAGAUUGCCAGCUGCAGCACUUACUGCUGUUACAACUCUGUUCUUAUGCAACAGUAACUUACAUUUGUAUUGGGACACAAGAACAGGCAGAGGCUAUUCAGCCCCUUGAGCCAGUUCCAUCAUUCAGUGAGUCCAUGGCUGAUCUGUGGCCUAACUCCAUUUCCCGCCUUUGGCCCAUAUCCUUUAAUCCCUUUGCUUAACCAAAGUGUAUCUGUCUCAGGUUUAAAAUUAACAGCUGAUCCAGCGUGCGCUGCCCUUUGUGGAAGAACGUUCCAAACCUCUCCCACCCUGUGUGUGUGCAAGUGGUUCUGAAAAUCUCUCCUGAACGGUCUGGCCCUAACUCUCAGACUAGGUAACCACCCCAUCCGCCCAACCUAGUUCUGCAAUCUCCAACCAGGGAAAAUAGUCUGUCUGCCCUGUCAUUUACUAUUAGAAUGCAUAAGGUGUAGGAAGAAGCUAUUCAGCCCACCCAGUCUGUACUGACCCUUCAACGAGAAUACCACCUCGACACACACUAUCCCUGAAAUGCUGCAUUUCACCUCACCUGCACAUCCCUGGUCAUAAUGGGUAACCUUCCACAGCCAAUCCACAUUACUGGCAUAUGUUCAGACUGUGGGAGGAAACCCCCACAUACACAGGGAGAAUGUGCAAACUCCACACAGACAGUUAUCUGAGGGUGGAAUUGAACCUGGGUCCCUGGCACUGUGAGGCAGCAGUGCGAACCACUGACCUAACAUGCCGCCUCAAGAUAGACUUUGAUCUGAUCACCCCUAACUUUCUGUUUAUAAAGCAUUUGCCAAACAAUCAAACUUUCUAAGCUGCUGAGCAUAAGAAAUGAUUGAACAAACAUUGAUACUUAAAGAUGAACAAAGCUUUUCCAAUGGUGAAAUUGGUUUUGGGGAGUGUGAGGUGAAGGAGCACGGGCUCUAAGAGGAUAUUUCAGUGGGUAGGGUUCUGGUAACUGAGGACACAACUGAAGGGGUAAUAGAGACAUUCUACCAGUCCUGGACUUGGCACACCUCUGAACCUUCACUUUUCUACCUCCUUCAGCCCUUCGCUCCUCAGGCUGUGACCUACACUACAUUACUUUCUCUCAAUUCAAUCAUCGAGACCCUAGGAUUUCAAUAGAAGAAUUAGCAACAGUUUGAGGCCAUUCUUCUUUACUUUGCCAUCCUUGUGGUGAUGGACCUGAUAGUUGGAAAUGUAGCUUAGUCAGUGUAAAAUGUAAAGAGAGUCUGCCAGGAAAAGGGUAUGCAGAGCUUGCUUUUGUAUUUCAGAGCUGAUGCCAGUCAAAUAGCUGUUACUCAGCUCAAUCUGCUCUAUCAAUUCUCUGCUGUUUUACAUAUAAUAAAUUGGAUUUGUAAUUUACAACCAGCCCCUCAGUGUAAUAUAUUUUAUAUUUUCUCUGUUAGAAUAGGGGAUCACAGAGAGAAUAUGUUAAUUCAGGGAAGAGGGAUAGUAGGAUCAAACAGGUCAAGCAUCCCAAAUAACAGCACGGCUUUGUGAGGGGUAGGUCAUGCCUUACAAACCUUAUCGAGUUUUUUGAGGAUGUGACUAGAAAAGUUGAUGAGGGUCGA